AUGUCUUCAGUGCGGAAGACUCCCCGGGCAUCAGAUGCAAUGCCUGAGACUGUGGUGAAAAUCAUCGGAAGUAAACACUUUCGGUACCUUGUGGAGAAGCCCAAGAUCAAGGAGGAGGAGAACUUGAAGGCAGAAACUCAAAGAGUGUUCCAGAAAUCUGUGACUGGUAAUGCAAGGCAGAUGAGCAGAGACCCCCCAGUUCCUAGUAAUCCCACUGAUCAUCAAAUCAGUCAUGGCCCAGAUGAUGUGCAAGAGAACAAGCCCCCCGAGAACAACCAGAAACUCCUAACGGGAGCGCUCGGUAGCAGACUUCUGGAUGGCAAAGUUCCCAAACAGGCAAAUGUUUACUGCAGCUCUGUACCAACUGGAGACCAGUCCCUGUCCUAUAUCCAUGGCCUCCCCCGGAGAAAACUUAGAGACUGGUCCUUGGAGCAGAUGGAAAGGGGAAGCUCUGACCAGCCAGAGGAUAUUGGCCAGAGGCUAAGUGGAACGACAAAAGAAGACACUUUUCUUCUCGCCCUGGUCAGAAGAGAGCUCAAGGCCCACUCUUUGAGUACUGGCUUAUUAGACAAGCUUCAAAAAGAGCUGAAAAUCCUGGAUCCCAUCGCUUCCGGAUUUCUUCUUCAGUCUCAGCUGAGUCGCCUCUUCCUGAAGCAUGAAGUCCCUCUGCAGUUACCAACAGUCAAGAUCCUCUGCCAGAGGUUUGCCAGGAGUGGCUCUCCUGAAAUGGUGAACUAUGAGAAGCUACUUUGUUUUCUGAAAGUGGCAGCCUCAGAUGAUCCACAGCAAAGCAGAAGAGCCGUGAACAGCAGCCCGAGGGAAGCUCAGGGUGGUACCCAUCACAGCGAAAGUGCUGCCCCUCAACACGCCGACUCACCAUCAGAAGUGACCAGGAGCCUGCUGGAGAUCCUAAAGCUGGCACUCAGCACAGCCAACGGCAAGCUCAACCCAGAGAGCCUCAGUCGGAGUUUUCGAAAAGAAGACCACGCAUUGUCUGGCUUCUUGUCCCUACCCAAGGUCAGAGCUAUCUGUGGGAAACAUGGAUUAUAUCUGACUUUGAGCCUUCUGGAAACAUUGCUCAAUCAUCAAGAUUUGGCUUACCAAAAUGAAAUAAAAUGGCAGAAUUUUGUUGAGUUGUUGAGCAGAGCUUCCUCUGAUUUGUCCUCUGACUUGCCUACAGGUGAGUUUAGAAAGGAAACCUCUGCCACCGCAGUGCAGGCUGAAGUCCCUGAGAUGUCUCAGGGAAAAUUCGAACAUAUGAAGUCUCCAGAAGAGGAGCUGCAGCCAGAAAACCUUCCUGCUGAGAUGUCAGCCCCCAAAGAUCCCCUGAGCUCUUUGACGAUCAGACCAGUCUCACAGCCAUUUGUGAGUCCAGUGAUGGAGAACAAAUCUGAAGAAUGUGAGAUGUGGAUUGACAGGUUCAGGAAGCUAGAAAAUGCCCUCUACCUGUGUGAUCUGAGUAAUACAGGAAUCCUGGAGAAGGAACGAGCCAGGCGCCUCAUUCACAACUACAACCUCAUUUACAACCUGUCCCUGAGCCCUCGGAAAAUCGACCAGGCCUUGAGGAGAUUCCGUUCCGGAGAAAAUAUGCUCUUGGAACCAGCACUCCGGUACUUAAAGGAGCUAUGA